ACAGUCACAAGGAAACAAUAUAUGUUCAAUAUGUUUAUGCGUCCUCGGUCUGUAGAGAUGGAGCUAUAAUUUUAAUCCCGGCAAAAAGAUAAUAAAUAAACCAACAAUGGGUGAUUCUAAUAAACAAGUAAGGGUGGACAAUUGGGGAGUAUUUUUCCUUCAACGGUUGCAAGUUUUCUUUAAUAAAACGGAUUAUUGUGAUCUAACACUACAGUUUGAAGGAAAUGUUCAAUUGAAAGUUCAUCGUUUAGUGAUGAGUGCUUGUACGGAGUAUUUUAACAUCUUAGAACAUACUUGUGAGAUGAUUGAUGGUAACACAAUCGUUAUGCCUGAUGAUUUACAAGCUGAUGUAAUCCUUCCGAUUGUGAACUUCAUGUAUACGGGAAUGUUGGAGUUUCCAAUGCCAAUUUUUGAUAAACUUUAUAGAACAGCCGAAUUAAUGAACAUCCCAAUUUUAAUAAAAUUAUUAGAUGCUCAACGAAAACCAAUAAAAAACAGUUUAAGACGACAGCAACAAACGGCGUGGCAAAAUUUAAAGAAAAUUAAACCAGACCCAGAAACUCCAGCAAGAAAACUACCCGUUUGGAAACGAAAACACAAUAAACCACCUUCACGGACGUCUUCUCCUCAAUUAUUUUCAACAGAAACAACAACAUCUUCAACAUUAUCACAAAAACGGAAUUCCGCAGCAGAUCCUUUAGCACUGUACGAUAAUGCCCCAAAACCAACACGUUUCGAAUGGCCUGAAGAUGAUUUAAACAACACUUUUAACCUCAUCGACAGCUCGUUCGAUGACAUAUCUUAUACAAGCAAGCCGUUAUUAACCCAAGACGAUGAAUUAAGAGCUAGCACUUCAUUCGAUGCGGUUAAAUUCUCAGCGAAUGUGAAUCCACCGAAGAAAAACAAAGAUUAUCCCUCAAAUAUCGAUUUAAAUGAUGUUCGGGAAUACGUUAAGGAGCAAAAAAUUAGAACCGAAAUGGAAUUUGAAGAGGAGGAUGAAGACGAUCCAGAUAAUUAUUUAGUUGAGAGCCAUAAUAAACGUAAAUUAGGUAAAGAAGGUUCUCCAAUGCACUCUAAAAAGGUUCGAUUUACUGUUAGUGAAAAGGAGAAUAAGGAAACAACGAUUAGUGUUACUCCAAAAACCGCUGGGGAAAUGGAUCAUACUAAAAUAAUAUCUGAGGUUUUAAAACGUUACCCGCACCUUGUAAAGAAGAAUAAAAACAUUAAAUUAAAAAUAAUGGCAAAAUCCCCAACAAAAGAAACUACAAAAACGCCAUCAAUAAUCAAAGCACCAACUACAACAACCACAAAAAUAAAACUUGUCGAAGCAAAAGCCCAAAUAAAAGCGGUAACAACAAAAAUUGUAAAACCUCAACCUGAUGAAGGACCGUGGGUUUGCAAAAAAUGUUCGUUUAAUUCCACCGAACCAGUUGAAUUUGUGCUUUAUUAUUUGUACCGGAAACAUAUGACGGAUGUCCAUCACGAAAAAUUCGAUGCAAAGAUGUGUAAACAUUGCGGUCAUCAAAGCUCUAAACAUAACCUAUUAAUGUAUCAUCAAUACACAAAGCAUGGUGUUAAACCACCACCGGCUUAUAACUUCCCAAAGUGUCCUCGGUGUCCUUUCAUUGCUUUAACCGAAAAUUUAUUACAAAAACAUUUAGAAAGUGCUCACUCAAAAUAUGAUUCGCAAUGUGUUGAGUGCAAAGUCGCCUUUAAUAGUCAAUCGUCGUUAUUGGCACAUAUCCAGAUAACGGGGCACUCUAAUCCAAAUCGAUGCAAUUUCGAUUGUCAAUAUUGCACGAAAAGAUUUAAUUCAGUCACCGAUUUAUUUAGUCACAUUCGGUCGGCUCAUCGCGAUGAAGCUCGAAGAGAUGGAAUGGUUAGUAUCGAUGAAACCGAUAUGGACGAGGAAGAGGAGGAGGAGGAAGAAGUUGAAGAUGAGGAAUAUGUCCCAGAAGUGCCCCGAAAGAAAAAGAAAGUCGAGUUGGUUGGAAAUGUGAAGGAAAAUAAGCACAAUGAAAUUAUUAAUGAAAUUGAAAAUAGCCAGGGAAUUGUUGAUAUCGUUGUUUUGGAUGAUAAUCAACAGUAUAUUCUUCAUAAUGAGCAACAGUUAACUGAGGAAAGUUUGGUAAAUCAUCCUGAAUAUAUUAUUCCGGAAUUAACUAAUGAAUAUAAUGAUCAACCAGCAACUCAAGAAUUUAAUGAUCCUCGUACAACUCAAGCUAACGUAAUUACCCAAAGCAUGUUAAACAUCGCAAAUAACUCAGAAAUCGCAUCAACGGAUGAAUUAGUGAUGGUUCUAACUGACCAUGAUUACAACGAUGCAAAUAACGGAAUUUUAACGAAUGAAAAUUCGAAUAUUGUUGUUUUAUACAGUCAUCCAGUCGACGGCCAACAAAGCGAAUUUAUCACAUCCGAAGGGAAAUUAAUUUUAAACCCGCAAACCGGUCUUUUAGAAUUAAGAAACGAUAACGUGGAUAAUAAUUCACAAGAUGCUCAAAUUGAAUCGAUAGAGUUAAUACAACGUGAAAUUAAUAAUGGGUUGAUUCAACAAGCCGAUGUUGAGGAUGACAAAUCCGGUGUUUUAGACCAAAAAGAAACGAUCGAAAUGGUUCAAAAUAAUAUUAAAUGUGAAAAUGAAACGGUUAUUAAUGAAGGGAAUGUUCCAGUUGAGAUUGAAAAUAAUCGAGAAGAAGAAAUAGUAUCGGAAAUCCAAGAAGAGUCUGAAAAUAUUGAGACUAACAUUCAAAGAAAUGAAGAAGAAGAAAAUUUAGGUUUUACGAAUCAAUUUGAACUUUCAGAAAAUCAAAGAAUUGACCCAGAUGUUAAUUUUGUUUUAACCGAUGAAAGUCAAGAAAUUAUUCCAGAAGAAACAAACCAAGAAAUUGUAGAAAAUGAAAAUGUUAUCGAAAAGAACGUUUCCGAAGAAAGCCCACCAAUAAUCAAUUUCGAUUUAAACAUGGAAGAACAACCAACCCAAGAAAAAGAAGCUGAAAACAUUGAAAAUCAAGAAAUAUUUCAAGUCGAAAAAAUCCAAAAUCAAGAAGAAUAUCUUGAACCUCCAAACGAAACUCCCAAUGAUAACACUCAAAUAAAUUCAAAUGAAAAUAACGUAAAAACUGAAAUAGAAACUCCUCAAUUGGACAUCGAAAAUGUUGCAGACGAAAUUCAACCGGAUCAAGAAAUUAAUGAAUUAGAGAAAGAUCAUGUGGAAACCCCCAACAAUGAACCCGAAAUAAACAACACACAAGAAGAAGAAAUUAUUACCAAUCUUCCAGAAGUUAUCAAUGAGGAAGAAAAAAUUAAUAAAGAAAAUGUUGAAAAUGAACCAAUAAUAACACCAGAACCUAACCUUAACGAAAAUGAGUCAAUUGAAAAGAAUUCCGAAAUAGAAAAUAAUGAAAUAAUCUCUUCACCCCCUACAGAAAACAAAGAAAACACAGAAAUAAUUCCCGAUUCCCAACCUAAAGAACCCACAAUUAAUGAAUCAGAAGAACUCAUUAAUAAAGAUCCAAUUGAUACUGAACCAACAGAUAUUCUUGAAGAAACCACCCCGGUUUUAGAAGAAUCAGCGAUUCCACUUCCAAACAUGGAAGAAGUUGAAUCAGUUGAAGAAAUAACUGAAAUGGUACAAGUAGAAAAUUUACCGGAAGACACUCAAGCUUACGAUGAUGUAAACGUUUUGUUACAAGAAACAAUGGAUAUGGAAACGGUGGAUGAAAAUUCGCAACAAAGUCAAGAUUCUCAAAAUUCAACAUCGCAAUCUUCGAAAGAAAUUGUUGUAGCUGGAUCUGGUAAUGUUGGUGCUGGCGGUGUUCCCAAUGAAGCGACCAAAAUUUCUAUAUUAAACGAUUGGGAGGAUACUGAGGAUUCGCAACAAAGUGAUUAUCCGGGGAAAACAGGAAUGGAGAAUGCUGUUAAUAAAAUUAUUAAUGAUUGGGAUGAUGAUGACGAUGAGGCACAAGUUAUGAACACAUGAAGAUCUACUUUUUAUUUGUAAUGACUAAAUAUAGUUUUUUAAGUUUGUGGUAUCACAAUUUUGAUACCAAUGUUGUAAAUAAGUUCUUUCUUUUUUCUUUUCAUUUAAAGUCAUAUCUUUUUAAAUAGAUUUACAAUUAAGUAUAUUACAUAGAAUUAAGUAUAGAUUAUAUAAUUAUAACAUAGCGUACUAUGUAAAUAUUUCUAACCAAUUAAAAAAUUAUUGUAUGUA